AUGAGCUCCCCAAAUCCGCAGGACUACCGGGUUGUCUUCUUCUUCUUCUUGUUGACUUUGCCAUCUCUUGGUCUUGCACAAUCUCGUCCAGAAUGUGAUUUCUUUAUGGAGUGGAAGAAAAAUGAGAGCGAUUGCUUAAGGGAGAUCAAUGAGCACACCAAUGAAACAGCAGGUUGCAAGAGAAUAUGGGACCAAGUACUGUGCUGGCCAGAGACAAAUCCUGGACAAACACUCACCUUUACCUGCCCGGGUAUCCUCUUCCAUUUCACACAGCAACCAGGCUUGGUAAAAAGGAAUUGCACAACAGAAGGCUGGUCUGAUCCAUUUCCUCCAUAUUCAAUAGUGUGUCCACUGGAUGAAGAUGUCACUCUUGGUGAACAAAUGGCCUUCUUUUCAACAAUCAAAACCAUCUACACAGUGGGUUACAGUGUCUCUACCACCUCUCUUGCCAUGGCAAUCAUGGUCCUCUCUGGAUUCAGGAGACUCCAUUGCCCCAGAAACUACAUCCACGUCCACCUCUUCCUCACUUUCAUCCUGAAAGCUGCUGCCACCUUCAUCAAGGACCUGGUCCUUUUCCAAACGGAAGACCCCGACGCUUGCGGCUUUUCCACGAUUGAAUGCAAGAUCUCGGUGGUUUUCUGUCAUUUUUUCACCAUGACCAACUUCAUGUGGCUUCUGGUGGAGGCUCUGUACAUCAACUGCCUGUUGCUAUCGUCCUUCCCCCAUGGAAGAAGAUAUUUCUGGUGGCUUGUUCUGUUUGGUUGGGGUGUUCCCACUUUUUUUACGAUACUGUGGAUAGUAGUUAAGGUGCAUUUUGAAGAUAUUUCGUGUUGGGAUGAAUACCCCGGAUCUCCUUACAGGUGGCUAAUCAAAGGGCCGAUUAUCCUUUCUGUAGGGGUCAACUUCAUUCUUUUUAUCAACAUCAUCCGGAUCUUGCUGAAAAAACUGGACCCGAGACAAAUCAAUUUCAACAACUCAUCCCAAUACAGACGCCUCUCGAAGUCAACUCUGCUUCUCAUCCCUCUGUUUGGAAUGCAUUACAUCCUCUUCAACUUCCUUCCCGAUUACGCCAAUGUGGGAGUCCGCCUCUACUUGGAGCUCUGUAUUGGAUCAUUCCAGGGCUUCAUUGUAGCUGUUCUAUACUGUUUCCUGAAUCAAGAGGUGCAAGCGGAGAUUUGCCGGAAGUGGCGUGGCAACAACUACAGAUUUUUGCCCGUUUGGAGGAAGAGGAGAAGGUGGGCCAUGCCGUCAAGUUCUGGCAUCAAAAUGACAAGUUCUGCGGAGAAGUACAAUGAUGAAGCUGUGGAUGGCAGUGGCCUUAUGAAAUUGGUUCUACCGUCUGAAGAGAAAAUGGAGCAGGAAGAUCCUGAUACAUACCCGCCAAUGGAAGAACCGAUGGACGUUAUGACGGAGAAUGGCUUUAAUACCUUAUACGUGUACACAGAUAUAGUGGAGCACCAGAUAGUAGGAGACUAUUAUGUACCGUUACUGCGUUGCGUACCCGUGAGUGGAAAGAACAACCGCUGUGUAACCAUUGGUUAUGACAAACCACACUACCUGCCUGUAAUCAAGGAUCACAUUGACACCAUCACGAUAGAAAUAAAGAACGACCAGAACAAAAACGCAGACGCCUUGUCCCGCAAGCCUGAGUAUGCAGCGCAGGCAGAGGGGGAGGUUCUUUCAACGAUUUUGCGACCUGAACAUUUUGCUGCGGCGCAGGUGUCCCCGACGUUGCGGGAGCAGAUUCACCAGUUGCAGAGGCAGGACGCUUUUGUGCGGGACCACGCAGCAGAGGAGACAGACGGCCAGACAGAGCGGACAAAUGGCACGCUGGAGCAAUACCUGCGCUGCUACUCUAAUUACCAACAGGACAAUUGGGCGGGGUUGCUUCCCUUGGCGGAGUUCGCCUAUAAUAACUCGGUACACGCCUCGAUACAGUGA